AUGUCCAAACUCCUUUCAUACUUCAAAAGCCUCGUACCAAAAGAUAAUCCUGGAGAUCAAAGUCAGUGUUCACAACAGAGCGACAAGGGCCAAUAUUCUGGGUGGCGGCCUUUCUAUCUUCAACGCCGAAUUUUGAUUAUAUUUUUGAUUGCAUUCUGUGCUGCCAUCGCGGGACUGGAGUUUCUCAAUCAUGUCUCCCAAGUCAAUCAAGGUAUCGCUUCAUCCACCGAAGAUCUCCACUACAUUUGGACUUACUGUCCCACCGCCAUCCUGACUAUCGUUGCUGCCUUUUGGUCGAGAGUCGACUUCCAAGCAAAACAAAACAGACCAUGGCAAUCAAUGCAUGAGAGCCCCCAGGUAGCAGACAAGAGUGUGCUCCUGGAUUAUAUCACCGAGAUGCCGCCAAUUGCGUUGAAAAGGGCUAUCCACAAUAAACACUUCAUUGUGGCUGCAGGGGUGUCUUGUUCCCUGCUUCUCAGCCUUCUCAUUACAAUUUCAACUGGCUUAUUCUUAUUGCAAGAAGUUCAGGUGAAUGUGGAUAAUAUUCCAAUCCUGUUACACGACUAUUUCACUAGUGAAGAUCCCAAGUUUAACGCUGGUGGAGAAACGCCACGAGAUAUUGUCCAAGGUGUCACCUUAUACAACGGAAGCUAUCCCGGCGGAACCAACGCCAAUUUUGCAUUCCAGCAGUUCUCGGCUCCAAAUAUCUCUUCUGGAGCAAGUGUUACCGCUCCUAUCAAAGUCCUAGCGGCAGAGCUGAAUUGUGAAUCUGCCGUCAUGGUUGAUACUCAGGUGAAUAUCAAUGGAAGUAUUAUCAUCAGUACGUCUUCUUGCAUGAAUGUCAAGCUCGACUGGCCAAAAGUACCCAUUGCGGGAUAUUCAACCUACAUGGGACUGUUCAGGGAGGGAAGAUGUGAAAAUUCGACGGGACUUGACGGCAUGCGUAUCGCUGUUGUCGCAGCCGCUGUCAGUACCCCACCCUCGACAGAACCAUAUGACGUUACGGGCAUCAUAAUUGAAAAUCCAACUCAGUUGAUUUGCAAACCAACAUAUGCCGUUGUCGACAUGGAUGCUACAAAGAAUAUAUCAGAAUCGUCCUCGGAUAUUCGUUUCGAAUUGACAGGAUCCAAGAACGCCACUCUUCCGGGUAUAACGGCGUGGGACAUUGCUCAAAGUGUCUACGGGGCUAAGAAUGACCUUGCUGAAUCUUCAGCUAGCGCCUCUCCCAACCCUUUCGACGUUGAUGCGUCUUAUAUUGACGAUGCUCUGAAAAUGGGCUCGUGGGCCGUGGGCCUCAGUGGGAGCAUUCGCAGCCUCCUCUUGGAGGAUGUCCUCAAUAAUGUGGCCUCUUCCUACUAUCGUGCCAUGUCUGCCCAGUACAUGAACAAAGGACUGGUCCAGAAAGACAGCUCGAUGACUACGGGAUCCGCGAUUAUCAUGGAGAACCGCGUUUUCAUGACACAACUACCACUUCGGCUCAUGGAAGUCUGCUUGGUUUUCGUCAUUUUUCUCGUCAUUGCGAUGAUAUACUGGACUCCCGACCCUGUUACGACAUCAACCCCCUGGAACCCAAACACCAUCGCGGCAACUGCAGCAAUCAUGGCGCAAAGUAAAGCUUUUGGUCAGUUUCUCAGCGGCACAAGUGUCUCGCAACUACCCGUCCUUCAGAAUCUUCUUCGAUCGCAGAAGUUCCGUUUGAAACAACGUCAAGAAGGGUUAUCCAUCGAUACUUUGGACGAUGAAACCAGUGGAUUUACUCUCUUUCACGGCCCACAGAGUGCCAGUCCCAAUUCAGAAUCCGUUCCUUUUCCCGGUGUGCUUUUUCGCAUCACAACUUUUGUCACUGUGGCAUUGAUCAUCGUUGCAUUGGAAAUUGUUUUACAGGUUUCCCAGGCAAACGACGGUCUUGGAGAUAUCACCUCCGGCGAACACAUGCAUUAUGCCUGGACAGUCUUUCCUUCCUUUAUAAUGGUGAUGAUAGGUCUUCCAUUUGGAAGUAUGAGCUCCAAUUGUCGAAUGUUAGCCCCAUUUGCUCUCCUGAAGCGUCCAUCUGGCGCAGCCUUCAAAGAUUGCAUGACGGUUAAUUUUCUCGACGCCUUGGAUGUGACGGUCAUGUUGAAUUCGAUUCGUACCAAACAGUUUGCUGUCUUGGCGACUACACUUGCUGCAUUCAUUACGUCGCUUCUCUCGAUUUUGACCAGCGGUCUUUUCUCUGCGAUUGAGGUCCCGUACUAUGUCAAUGCAAACUUCACACCCCAAGAUAAUUUCCGCUAUUUGAGUAGCCAGAACACCUGGCAGGGUCCAACCCUUCCUCCGAUCGCCGAUGCCAUUGUCCAGCAGAAUCUCAGCUUUCCUCGCUGGACCUAUGGGAACCUUGUCUUCCCAAAACUUUCAUUGAAUGCUUCUCUAGCAGCCAAUCUCACCGAAGAUUCUUUCGUGGACCUUUGGGUUCCUGCAUUGAGAGCAACGCCUAUUUGCGUGCUACAAACAGGCUCUGGGGUGAAUCACACAUUCAGAAAGCUGAACCAGACAUUUCAUGAACUCCAUCUGAACAUGCCAAAGAUAAGAUGCCCCCCAUAUCGUGUAAAUGAAACAUGGGCUGGAAACGGAGUGACAGUCCAACUUCCAAAUAACGCUUACUUUGGAUACGGUUUUCAAAUGUCCUGCACUUUCGAUGAUCCUAAUAAUAGCAUGACAGAUCCCGUUUAUCCAACAGCUUACUACUGGGGGCAAGUUGAAAACGGCUCACUCAAAAACCUAGCAGCCAUGUCAUGCAAUAGUGCCGCUGAGACUAUUAAUACCCUGACUCGGUUUCAACUUCCGGAUUUCGACAUCUCCGAGGAUCACGCCCCAGCUCCAAAUGAUUCUUCGGCCACACCGCUUGACAUAUGGGUACCAGAUGGAACUUGGUCGCAAUACUUCUUCUCAACAGAUGGGUAUUUGAACGCCUUUUUCACAGCAUUGAUUAAGGGAAGGUGGGCCAUUCCCCAGGAGAAUCUCGGUGAGGCGAGUCAAACCGAAAAGGUUGCCAAAGCCAUCAAAUUUCAAGCCGGCAUCUUGAAUGCAUUACAAUAUAACAAUGCAAGCCGGAAUGCCACGCUAGAGGACCCAUUACCUGGAAAUGUGUUCCUCAGAAGUCGCCUCCGCCUGGUUGAAGAUGCCACAUCGGCGAGAAUAUUGGAAGGUCUACUUGGGUCUAUGCUCAUAUUGGGUGUCUUGGGUACCGUCCUUAUGAACACAGAUCACAUUCUGCCUAAGAGACCCUCUAGCAUUGCAGCUCGGGCAAGUUUGUUGGCAGAAUCAAAUUUCUUAAGCUGGUAUCAACCGCUUGAAAAAGACCCCAACAAAUUUUCUUUUCCCGCAGGCUCACAGUUCUUCCUUGGUCGGCAGAAUGCCGACUCGGCAUCGGAUUCGUUCAAGUCAUACAAUACGGAGAAGGGGGAUAGGGACUUGACUAUCUAUCAUCGUGGUCCUCCAGUGAAGGAUAUGGAUCCAUGA